GUUUUAAUUCUCCGUGAGGUUACCUCAUAUCAGAGUACAGUAUAAUAUCAUUUAUCAGCUUAAGCUUUUUCGUUGUUGUUGUUGUGCAGUCAGCAGUACCGUUUGUGAUAGCUUGAUAGUAAGCUGGUGCUUGAUUACAGUGCUAAGCGUACAUUCUUCUGCAAAUCUGCAUUAAUACGGACCGUGAGAAGAAUUUGAGUUAUGUAUGUACGAUCUGAUAGUAACUUGAGUAACGAUAGUUCAUCCUUGCGGGAAUCAGAAACAGCCUCUGCGUAUCGUAGAUUUCUAAAUCGUGAAGCGAUCGGGAGGCAGUUUACACUAGAUGAUAUACAUCAGAUCAAGGACAAUGCUGGGGGUAUCGACUUUCAGCAGGCAGCUCGUGAGGGUAACCUCAAGGUUAUAAAACGUUACAUAUCAAGUGUUCACUUCCGGAGAAAGAUAGACAAAGUCUCCAAAGGAGGGAAGAAUCCCAUAGAUACCCCUGAUGGAGAGGGGUUCACUGCAUUGCACUAUGCAGCAAGGUACAACAACGUUGAUGUUAUGGAGCUGCUUAUUGAGCAUGGAGCAGAUGUUAAUGUAAAGGACGAGGAUGGACAGACACCUUUACAUCACGCAACUAGAUACGCCCCAAAGGGUACAGCACUGAACCCAGCUCAAAUGGCUUACGUUCCUAUGAGACCUGAUGUUAACCGUAAAGAUGAAACGAGGGAAGAGGAAGAUGAUGAUGACGAGCCGAGUAAGGAUGAUGACGUAGAAGAGGCAGAGGAAAUAGCAAAUGGGGAUGAAGAAAUUUUGCAGUUAGAAGCUAGAACAAUUGAACUUCAGGACAUAGAGGCGGUCCAACAGGAAGUCAUCAAAAAGAUAACGUCGGAGGAUGCCGCAGUUUCUGCUAUAAAGAAGUUUCUCCACAGGAAGGACACUCAGCGGAUUAAGACAGUGGAAGAAGAGAUCGCAGAGGAAGAAGGAAGUCCACCUAUUAGGUCCCUGGCAGAGAACGGAGCUGAUGUUAAUGCUCAAGAUGACUACGGACUGACUGCUCUUCACUGUGCUGCUGAUAGGGGUAACUACCCCGCAGUUCUGGAGCUGCUCAAGAUAAACAAUGUUCAAGUCAAUCUUAGAGACAAACAAGGUGAGACAGCCCUACACAUGGCAAUUCUAUACGAAGACAUACCCUGUAUCAAGAAACUGAUGUUCAACAAAGAGCACCCUUGCAAUCCCCGGGUCUACUCCUUGGAGAACAUGUCCCCUCUUCACCUGGCUUGUAGAGAAGCCGACCUGGAGAUCGUAGAGCUGGUGUACAGUCGUAUCAAAUCUUUGGAGCUAAAAGAGAGUAUAGACAGCAUCAUGAGUGAGAUAAUGACGAGAGCAGGCAGUUCAAUUCACUCUUUGACAAGAAAGUUCAAGAAAGCAAUGGGAGAGACUGACCUAAAGAUGAAGGGACAUCUUGACAAAGCAGGAGAGGAGAAGUUCACAUGUCUUCAUCUAGCUUGUAAAGACGGAAGGGUUGACGUGGUAGAGUUCAUUCUGAACAACAGAGCUGAUCAGAAUCUCAGGACGAUGGAGCGGGAGACAGCUUUGCAUAUAUCCGCACACAAGGGUCACACAGAGGUGGUCAAGAUGCUGGUGGAUGCUGGGUGUCCGUUGGAGGCUAAGAACAUAGCUGGAGAAACUGCUAUGCACGAGGCGGCUAAAGCUGAUCAGACUGAAGUUAUUCAAUAUCUGUCUGACAAAGGAGCGAACAUAAACGCAGCAGACAGGGACGGUUCGACACCCUUCAUCACUGCUGCGGCCUGGGGUCAUCCUAACUCAAUAACCCUCCUACUGGACCUAGGAGCUGAUUCCACUGCUCGGGACAAACGGGAAAACAGUGCAGUGUUUGCUUCGAUUAGGGAGAACCAGCCAAGCGUUUUGAAGAUCAUUCUGGAAGCUGGCGGAGAGAGACUGAUAGACAGUGAGCUUGACAAGUUCCAAAACACCCCUCUACAUUUUGCCGCCGAGCUUGGUCACCUCGGAUGUCUGAGAGAGCUACUGGAGUUUAAGUUCGAGAUAAAUGCUCAGAACGAGGAUGAUAAGUGUCCGCUUCAUCUCGCAGCUGAGAAAGGAAAGCUGAAAUGUGUGCAGGAACUUGUCAAGGCGGACAAGGCCACGCUGGAAGACAAGGACGACUACGGGAACCAUCCCUUACAUUACUCUGCUCUGAACGGCCACGUGGACACGACCAUUUACCUCUGUGACAUGGGAGCUGAGGUUGGGGCCCGCAACCAACUUGGGUGGACCCCCAUGGAUUGUGCUGCCUCCAGGGGUAACUCCAAGGUCAUGGCUGCUCUGUUGGAUGCUGAUGCUGAGAUUGAUCCUAUUGACAAGGCAAAGUUGACCCCUCUUCAUCUCGCAGCUAAGAACGGUCAUGUUGAUGCGGUCCUUUUCCUCCUGAAUAACGAUGCUAAUAUCGGUCUGGUAGACGUAAACGAUAUGAAUGCUCUAGAGCUGGCAAUAUUGGCAAACAAUAGAGAAGUAGCUGAAUCUAUCAUCAAUCACCAAGAUGAAUGGGGAAGGCCCUCAUGGCCAAAAGCGCUGACAAACGCCCAAAUGAACGGGGACACUCCAAUGAAGAAACUGAUAAGGUUCAUGCCAGAGGUUGCGGAGUUAGUGCUGAAUAAGUGCACCGACAUGACCAAUAACCCGUCGGAGAUGACUACUGACAACGUUAACUACGAGGUGCAAUUCAACUACAAGUACAUCACGGACAAAGAAAUAGAGAUGACAAGAUCCGAAGACAAUAAAAGUAUCACCUCAUCGGACCUUAACGAUGAGUCAGAAGCGGAGUCUAAAAUCGUUAAUGCUCAAGAUGCGACCUCCUACCAUAUAAACCCUCUCAAUCUCAUGAUAAAAAACAAAAGAAGCGAGCUCCUGAGUCACCCCCUUGUCACUAGUCUAGUGUUCUGUAAGUGGACUGCUUAUGGCAGACACUUCUACUAUGGCAACCUCUUCCUCUACGCACUCUACCUUGUUUUUCUAACUGUGUACACCUUGACUCAAAUACCUCCAUACUAUCCCAAACUUAUAGAGGAUGAUGGUUCGGGUUCCGACCCAAAAUAUGAUAAGACAGCCAACGUUUAUUUCGCGGGAAAUUCGGAGAUUCCGGAGACGAAUAAGAAGUCAGUGUGGGUGUUCAUAUCGGGACUUAUAACCAUAGUCAGCAGUGUUAUCAGACUUAUAAUAGAAUUUCUACAGCUGGUGUAUCAGAGGCACAAAUAUAUCUCUAUUCAGAACUUUGUCGAGUUGGCUCUCUUUGCGCUGUCAAUCUUUUUUACUGUUAAUGUGUUUUAUCCUGAGAAGAUUAUCAGUGAAACAGAAUGGCAGAUCGGUGUGUUUUGUUUGCUCGUCGCGUGGAUGAACUUCAUGAUGUUCCUAAUUCCAGGCAUAGGAAUAUACAUUGUCAUGUUUGUAGAAGUGCUGCAGACUUUCUUGAAGAUCAUGGUCGUUCUGAUCCUCUUUAUAGUUGCAUUUGGACUUACCUUCAACAUGGUUAUGGUUCAGUUUCCCUCAUACAGCAACCCGGGUUACUCCAUUAUGCGAACGUUUGUGAUGAUGACCGGAGAGAUGGAAUACGACAACUAUAUGGCACCUCAGAGCCUAAACGAAGAGAAUCCUCUCUACUAUCCUGAAUCUACGAUAAUAAUGUUUGUGCUGUUCGUGAUUGUGGUCCCCAUUGUCUUCAUGAACUUACUGGUUGGUUUAGCUGUUGACGAUAUAAAAGCAGUCUACGACCAAGCUGAGUUACAAAGAGCUAUCAUGAAAAUACAGCUUAUUUUCCAGGUGGAGGCCCUGCUACCUGCGUCCUAUCUAGAGAAGACAAACCAAAGUAAAGUUACAUUCUAUCCCAACUCAAGGGCAAGAGUUCUCGGGUCUAAGUUGCUGGCUAAAUAUUUCGGACCUCAUAGAUUACCGUUUAAUGGUCCGGAGCUUUGUGUAAGAGUACAAGCUGGAUCAGGGGUGGAUUCUAUAAGAGCAGGAGAUCAGAUUAGGAUGAAGAAGAUGAAAGUUCAACUAAAUGAGAUUUCUAAACAGAACAAACAGAUGCUAAUGUUGAUGAAAAGACUGCUCCUGAGGACACGGUCUGACGACACUGAUUCUGUUAUUUCCUCGGAACUUAACCAUAUUUUAUUAGACGAUGUUGAUCUAGAGACACAUGAGGACAACUAAAUAUGUCAGACUGUGGGUCUGUCCUCUUCUGGACUUGUCACGUGGAAGAUCACUUGUGCGUGUCACGUGUUUAGAUCAACAGUGCAUCGCCAGAUACUAUGCAGUAAAAUAUUACUAUUUUAAUGUGUGGGAACUGAUUAAAUGAUUGAUGGUGACAAUAUUUUUAACGUACAGUUUUAGAGUGGAGUUUAUUAUUAUAGUUGUUUGAAUUUUAUAGUUUUGCAUUUACUUUUUAAAAUACAUUUUUAAUUAUUUUAGUAUAGUUGUAUAUAACAAAUGUUUGUAGCCUAUAAACCAAGGUGAGUAAAAUGAAGAAUUUGUAUAUUUUCUUGCGAGCUAUUCAUUCCACCGGGCCACCCAUAAAGAUGAAUUGCAUUCGCAGAUGUCGCGAACAGUACUUCGUGUGUUACAGGCCACUCGAAGCUAAUUAUACGAUUCACAGAAUUUUUCUUCUUAUAGAAUGGAUAUCUUAAUGAAGUUAAAACAGUUAUAAACGAUAUCAGUUGG